AUCUCUGGGAGUGUCCUCCUCAUUCCCUGUCCUUGAAUGGAGAAGAGAACCUCUUCUUCAAGAGAGUCAGCCAUUCCAAGCUGGAUGACUUAAUUUGGCUUUACUUCGUGCUGGGCAAAAAACGGCCGUGGGACGUCAACCCUCCUCUACAAGGCUGGUGUCCGGCUGACCAGGUUCUCUUUUGUCUCCUUCUAGAUCUCAGGAACAAGGCCUUUGUGUUCCCAGCACCAACUGCUACGGCCGUGGUGGAUCUCCAGGUCUCCAACCAGCUCCCCUUGACCAAGCUGACCGUUUGUUUGAGAUACUACACCCUCCUGCCCCGUGCGUACGCCCUCUUCUCUUACGCCACCCGGUCCAGCGACAACGAUUUCCUGAUCUACAAGAGCCAACCCAACGAGUACGCCAUUCACGUGGGUGGUGCAGUGGUCAAUUUCAAGGUUCCCCCGAAGGAGAAACCGAGCUGGGACCACGUCUGUGUUUCGUGGGACUCCAGCAAUGGGCUAGUCCAGUUGUGGCUCAACGGAGAAGCCCUCCCUCGACUGGGCCUGAAAAAGGGUUACAGCAUCAGCCCCCAGGCCUCCAUCAUGCUGGGCCAAGACCAGGACAGCUUCGGAGGGGGCUUUGACGUCAACCAAUCCUUCGUGGGGGAGAUGUCGGAGGUCUACCUGUGGGCCCGGGUGCUGACCCCCACGGAGAUUAGAUUGUCCAGCAAUAACGCUGAGCUCUCUGGCCCUCUGGUUAGCUGGAAGUCCCUGAGCUACACCAUCAAGAACGAGGUCUUUGUGGAGGAAUUCCUGGCUCCCCAAAAUGCUUGCAUCUGAGAAAGAAAAGAAGAAAAGGAAAGGGAAAAAGAAAGAAGAAAAGAAAAGAAAAUUUCUUUUGGGGGGGAAUCUAUAUUUCUGCAAUGGGAUGCAAAGGGCUCAAGUAGCCAUUUAACAAAUUGUAGGCAGGUAAUCCGUACUUGUAUAGAAUGUGUGAACUUUAUACUUUCUUUAUCAAUAAAAGUAGCUUUUUGCGUCA